AUGCAUCGGAGACACACCACAGUGCGGGAGAAGGGGCGUCGCCAAGCCGUGCGAGGACCCGCCUACAUGUUUAACGAGCGUGGCUCGGCCCUGACACCCGAGGAAGAGGGUUUCCUUGAUGCCGCCGAGUACGGCAACAUCCCAGUGGUCCGCAAGAUGCUGGAGGAGUCCAAGACCCUUAACUUCAACUGUGUGGACUACAUGGGCCAGAAUGCAUUGCAGCUGGCGGUGGGAAACGAACACUUGGAAGUGACUGAGCUGUUGUUAAAGAAGGAGGGGCAAGCCAGAGUGGGUGACGGGCUCCUAUUGGCUAUAUCUAAAGGCUAUGUGCGUAUUGUGGAAGCCAUAUUAGGGAACCCGGCAUUUAGCCAGGGGCUGCGGCUCACUCUGAGUCCCCUUGAACAGGAGCUACGGGAUGACGAUUUUUACGCUUACGACGAAGAUGGGACUCGGUUUUCUCACGACGUCACCCCUAUCAUCCUAGCAGCACACUGUCAGGAAUAUGAGAUUGUACAUAUCCUGCUCACCAAGGGGGCCCGCAUUGAGAGGCCUCAUGACUACUUCUGUAAGUGCAAUGAGUGUGCAGAGAAGCAGAGGAGGGACUCAUUCAGCCACUCCCGCUCCAGGAUGAACGCUUAUAAAGGGCUGGCCAGUGCUGCCUACCUGUCCCUGUCUAGUGAGGAUCCUGUAUUCACCUCGCUGGAGCUCAGCAACGAACUGGCCAGACUGGCUAACAUAGAGACUGAGUUUAAGAAUGACUACAGGAAGUUGUCCAUGCAGUGUAAGGACUUUGUCGUGGGGGUGUUGGACCAGUGCAGAGACACAGAGGAGGUGGAGGCCAUCUUGAACGGUGACGUGGACAAUGCCCCGCCCAGUGAAAACAACCGGCCCUGCCUCGAACGCGUCAAACUGGCCAUUAAAUAUGAGGUCAAAAAGUUUGUGGCCCAUCCUAACUGCCAGCAGCAGCUGCUGACUAUCUGGUAUGAGAACCUGUCAGGUCUGAGGCAGCAGUCCAUCGGAGUCAAGUGUUGGACCGUUCUGGGGGUCAGCUUGGGACUGCCCUUCCUGGCUCUCGCCUACUGGAUCAUGCCCUGCAGCAAGUUGGGUCAGAUCCUGAGAAGUCCUUUCAUGAAGUUUGUGGCCCACGCCGUGUCCUUCACCAUCUUCCUGGGCCUACUGGUCAUCAAUGCCUCAGACCGCUUUGAGGGGGUCAAGAACCUGCCCAACGAGACCAUCACUGACCACCCUCGUCAGGUGUUCCGGGUCAAGACCACUCAGUUCUCCUGGACGGAGAUGCUGAUCAUGAAGUGGGUGCUGGGUGAGGUGGAGGAGAGCUUUAAGACCCUGUUCUGGUCCAUCUUUGGUCUGUCGGAGGUGAUCUCCGUGGUCCUGAAGUAUGACCAUAAGUUUAUAGAGAACAUUGGUUAUGUGCUCUACGGGGUCUAUAACGUCACCAUGGUGGUGGUUCUACUCAACAUGCUCAUCGCUAUGAUCAACAGCUCCUACCAGGAGAUCGAGACAGAUGCAGAUGUAGAGUGGAAGUUUGCCCGUGCCAAGCUGUGGAUGUCCUACUUUGACGAGGGUCGUACUCUGCCCGCUCCCUUCAACAUGGUGCCGUCUCCCAAGUCCUGGUAUUACCUGGUCCUCCGCACCAAGGCCGGCCUUGUUCACCUCUGCAAGGUCAAGGACCUUCGCCACGACAACGAGCUGGAGAUGGGCAUGCUCAACUCACGAUUCAAGGCCAGAGGGGAGAGGACAAAGGGUGAACGCUACAUGGCCCAUGGUCGACUACGAGAGGAGUCCACUCUCAGACAACCUAUCAAACACCCUACCAGAUACCAGAAGAUCAUGAAGCGUCUCAUUAAGCGGUAUGUUCUGAAGGCUCAGGUUGACAGAGAGAAUGAUGACGUCAAUGAAGGUGAGCUGAAGGAGAUCAAGCAGGACAUCUCCAGCCUGCGCUAUGAGCUCCUGGAGGAGAAGUCUCAGGCCACCGGAGAACUAGCUGACCUCAUCACACAACUCAGUGACAAGUUUGUCAAGAACACCACCAAAAGACCCUGA